AUGCGCACAACUCCACAAUCACCUUGUGCUCUCGUGCUCACCUUGUGCUCUCGUGCUCACCUUGUGCUCUCGUUCUCACCUUCUGCUCUCGUGCUCACCUUCUGCUCUCGUGCUCACCUUCUGCUCUCGUGCUCACCUUGUGCUCUCGUGCUCACCUUGUGCUCUCGUGCUCACCUUCUGCUCUCGUGCUCACCUUCUGCUCUCGUGCUCACCUUCUGCUCUCGUGCUCACCUUCUGCUCUCGUGCUCACCUUCUGCUCUCGUGCUCACCUUCUGCUCUCGUGCUCACCUUCUGCUCUCGUGCUCACCUUCUGCUCUCGUGCUCACCUUCUGCUCUCGUGCUCACCUUCUGCUCUCGUGCUCACCUUCUGCUCUCGUGCUCACCUUCUGCUCUCGUGCUCACCUUCUGCUCUCGUGCUCACCUUCUGCUCUCGUGCUCACCUUGUGCUCUCGUGCUCACCUUCUGCUCUCGUGCUCACCUUCUGCUCUCGUGCUCACCUUGUGCUCUCGUGCUCACCUUGUGCUCUCGUGCUCACCUUGUGCUCUCGUGCUCACCUUCUGCUCUCGUGCUCACCUUCUGCUCUCGUGCUCACCUUCUGCUCUCGUGCUCACCUUCUGCUCUCGUGCUCACCUUCUGCUCUCGUGCUCACCUUGUGCUCUCGUGCUCACUUUGUGCUCUCGUGCUCACCUUGUGCUCUCGUGCUCACCUUCUGCUCUCGUGCUCACCUUCUGCUCUCGUGCUCACCUUCUGCUCUCGUGCUCACCUUGUGCUCUCGUGCUCACCUUCUGCUCUCGUGCUCACCUUCUGCUCUCGUGCUCACCUUCUGCUCUCGUGCUCACCUUCUGCUCUCGUGCUCACCUUCUGCUCUCGUGCUCACCUUCUGCUCUCGUGCUCACCUUCUGCUCUCGUGCUCACCUUCUGCUCUCGUGCUCACCUUGUGCUCUCGUGCUCACCUUCUGCUCUCGUGCUCACCUUCUGCUCUCGUGCUCACCUUCUGCUCUCGUGCUCACCUUCUGCUCUCGUGCUCACCUUGUGCUCUCGUGCUCACCUUCUGCUCUCGUGCUCACCUUCUGCUCUCGUGCUCACCUUGUGCUCUCGUGCUCACCUUCUGCUCUCGUGCUCACCUUCUGCUCUCGUGCUCACCUUCUGCUCUCGUGCUCACCUUGUGCUCUCGUGCUCACCUUCUGCUCUCGUGCUCACCUUCUGCUCUCGUGCUCACCUUCUGCUCUCGUGCUCACCUUCUGCUCUCGUGCUCACCUUCUGCUCUCGUGCUCACCUUCUGCUCUCGUGCUCACCUUGUGCUCUCGUGCUCACCUUGUGCUCUCGUGCUCACCUUCUGCUCUCGUGCUCACCUUCUGCUCUCGUGCUCACCUUCUGCUCUCGUGCUCACCUUCUGCUCUCGUGCUCACCUUCUGCUCUCGUGCUCACCUUCUGCUCUCGUGCUCACCUUCUGCUCUCGUGCUCACCUUCUGCUCUCGUGCUCACCUUCUGCUCUCGUGCUCACCUUCUGCUCUCGUGCUCACCUUGUGCUCUCGUGCUCACCUUCUGCUCUCGUGCUCACCUUCUGCUCUCGUGCGCACCUUCUGCUCUCGUGCGCACCCACCUUUUCAAUCUCGAGCCCAACCACCUUCUUAUUCUCAUGCGUAA